CCAAGUCUGUCCCGCUUUUGGCAAAUAAAGGAGAAACUGGUUUUGUUGGCAGCUCUCCGCACUUGGGAGUCGGGCUGCAGAUGCAAAAUCUGUUGGAUGCGGCAGGGUCGGGCUCUGAGCUGUGUGGGAGAGAAAGGCAGCGGGAAGGACGGCUGGAGAGAGAAGGAGCGAGACCUGAAACCCGGGAACAAUGAACUCUUAAGAAGUACAGUACCUGGGUUCCUAAUGAAACUUCGACAGGAAAUCUAAACAAAAGGGAAAGUCUGCACUGGUACAUUAUCCUGAGUCAAGAUCACACGACUGGAUGGGGACAGUAGCAGGAGAACUGGAUGCUCAGGCAGUGUCAAAGUUGGUGGUGGGCACUGAAGGCCUUGGAGGAAACUCUUGCAGCAACGGCCAAUGGAAACCAACAUCUCCAGACCAUCAGAAGACUCUGGGCUCAUGUCCUGGGACAAAUGUGGCUGUCACCAGCUCUGUUCCUUCUCCAUUUUCACCCACCCAAGAUGGAUCCAGUGGAGGGGAACAGAAACAGACAGGUGCCCCAGCUGCUGGGAAUGACAGCUGGGAUGGUGCAGGCAAGGACAUAGCUGGGCAAAGCCAGUCAGCAGUAGCACCAGCCACACAGAUGGAAAGUUGGCCAGAAGCACGGGGAAUAAAGCACUCUCAACAGAGACCUUCUGGUGGUCAGCAUACUAAGGAUGUGGACACAAAGCUUCAUAGGACUGAUAAUCAGCAUACAGAGAAUGUGGACACAGGGUCUCCUGGGUGUGACGGUCAGUGGACCAAGGGUGCGAAUAUAGAUCCUCCUGGGACUGAUGAGCAGUGGAUCAAAGGUGUGGGUACAGAACCUCCUGGGGCUGAUGGUCAACAGAGAAAGGAUGUGGGCAUAGAUCUUACUGAGGGUGAUGGUCAAUGCACUAAAGAUACAGGCACCGGACCACAUGAGGCUGAUGGUCAACAAAUCAAGCAUGUGGACAUAGAAUCUCUUACAGCUGAUGGUCAGUGGACCAAGGGUACAGACACAGAAACUUCUGUGACUGGUGGUCAGUGCACUGAGGUUGUGGACACUGGUAUUCCUGGGACUAAUAGUAUGUGGUCCAAUGUUGGACCAACUGUGGUAAAUGGUCAGCAGGCAAAAGGUCUGGACACUCACAUUUCUGCAUCUGAUGGUCAGAGGAACAUGGGUGUGGAUUCUGGACCUUCUGAAACUUACAGUCACCAAACAAUGCCUUUAGGCACAGGACCUUUAGGAACCAACAAUAUGGAGACCCACAGUGGACAAUUAAAAGGAAAUGAGCAAGUUUUGAAACCAGGUCAAGAGCGAGGACUGGACCAGGACGUCCAGAAGGAUCCUCGGGUCCAGAAAACUGAACAGGAUAGCAUUGAAAAAGGAAGCAGAGAGAAUGGCAGUGGCAGUGACCCAGUGACAAAGAUUGAUGGCCGAUCAGGUGAUAGAAAAGGGAAAAUAGCUGAAGCUGAAAGCUGUGAGCAGCAACUGAGAGUUGGAAUGGAGGGAGGUGCCAUCCCCAAAACUGGCUUGGCAUUACCUGAGGAAAUUCAUGGGCUACAGAUUGCUUCUAAAGGAAAUGAAAUCUCUAUCCAUGAUUGUUCUAUAAAACAGCAGCCAGCCUUACAAACGUUGGGUACUGAGCCAAACAAAACAGGAAGAAGCCAACAAGAUGAGUGCAAGUUUAAGGAUGCUGAGACAAUGACGACCCAGUCUCCAGCUGGCUCCUUUCCUCUCAACCGGAAUAAGUCCUGUCGGGAUGUUGAAGUCCAGGCAGUUCUGCAGAGCUUUCAGUGUAAAUCAACUGCAACCAGCCCCAAGAGCCCAGUGCCUGGCUGGGCAGGGAACUUGCUGAGUGAUACCCUGGGUGCUCAGAAAGUCUGUUCAGAAAGCAGUAACCCCAAAUUCUAUGUGGCCAAUAAUCACAUGGUGUGCAUCACGGACACCCAGCAGGGCUCGGAACAGCUGAAGAUUACGUGUAAUUUUACAGAGGACGCUGAGCAAUCGAAUAUCAUUUGUGAACUCACUGAGGAGUCAACUGGCAUAGAAUCCUGCAGAGGUAACAAAGAAAAUAAGCAGGAAAAUGACUGUAAUCAGCUAGCAAUAACAUGUGACAACAGGAGUAGGCCGCUGGUUUCUAGAGUUCUAGAUCAUGGACCGGGGCAAUCCGCUGCUUUCAUUGGUCAGUCAAAACUGGAUGAAGCUGGACCACAUUUGCAGCACAAAGCAGAAACUGACUUCUCAAUGGGUAUAUGCCAGAUACACCAGGGACAUGAGCAAUCAAAGAAUACUUGUGUUGUUAGUGAGAAGUCAAACCAAUCGAAUAUUAAUAGCAGCAUCAGACAAGAAACCACCCACCUGCCCAUGUCACACUGUAUUGUAGAAGUAUCUGCAUAUGGCAGCAUUGGCAACCAAUCACAAAACAGUCUUGAUAAAGCAGGUCAAUCAAGUAUUUCUGCUGACACUAGUAUAAGAGUCCAACCACAGAAAAGCAGCAAAGAAUCUGAGCAAUCAAAACAAGGAUCUGUACUAAGUAGGCAAUCUGGCCAACUAAAGUAUACCUGCAAUAAAUCUGACCAGUUGAAAAUAGACUUUGACAUUAAUAAGCCAACCAAGAGUCCAAAACUUGCUGUGGACAUUCAAGAGAUAUCUGAUUGGUCACCCAUUGUAGAUAAUCACGGUGAGGAUUAUGGGCCAUCACAAGUGGCUGGUGACAGGAUUAGUAAUUCCAGCCCGAUAGUGGGUGUAAAGGAGGAGCAUGUUCAGUCAAAACAUGAUCCCAAAAAGAAAACUAAGCAAUCUAAAGAUGUCAUCAAUAAAAUAUCUGUCCAAUCACAAAUUAUAGAACCUGACCAAUCAAAAAGCCCUCACAACAUCUCAAAGGAAACUGACCAGCCAGACCCUGACCAUGGUACAAGAAAAGCAUCUAGCCAAUCAAAAGGUGCACACAGUAUCAAUAAGAGGUUGGCCCACUCACAAGCUGCUUGUGAUGUAAGGAAAGAAUCUAGUCAAUUUAAAACUGAUUUGAACAACAGUGAUGGAUCUGGCCAGUUAAUAGCUUCACACGACAAAUGUAAGGAAGUAGCCCAAUCAAAAGCAGAUGAUGUUACUAAGAAGGAAUCUGUGCAAUCAAAACGUACAUCUCACAUCAGCAAGCAACCUGACAUUGAUGUGGAAGUUGAACAAGAGCAGACAGCCAGUGAUGCGAGUAAAGAGACGGUGAAGUCGAAGAAUGUCCGUGAUGUGAUCUGGGAUGAACAGGGAAUGACCUGGGAGGUGUAUGGAGCUUCCCUUGACCCUGAAUCAUUGGGAUUUGCCAUUCAGUGUCACUUGCAGAGACAGAUUGUGGAGUACGAGAAGCAAAUCAAGGUAACCAACCAGAGCAAAAGAUCAGCAUCUAUCGAUGCAACGCCUGGGAGCAAUAAGCCUAAUAAAAGAAGGCAGCAAAAUAUAUUCAGGACAGUUCUGCAGAACAUGAGGUCCCCACAGUGUUGUGUACGUCCAGAACCUUCAUCUGUAAUUGACUGAAAUUAGCGUAGCAAUAUUUAAAGAACCCUUGAAAUUCAUAGGACACACUGCUUUAUGAUUACCCCUCCCCCCGGACUCGAUCAUGGACAGAUUUUUUUCCUAACAUAUGUGAAUGGGUGACAGUAUUCCACAUGGCCAUUCUGUUGUGUGUCCUUUUUUUUUUAGAGGAACCAUGUAAGUUGCUUGUUAGACAAUGAUGCCCACUAGCCGUAGUUAAAAUGAGUAGUUAGUUAUUAUUUCAUAAAGAGUAAAUUAAUAUUAUAGAGAUAACUGGUUUGUGAAGAUUUUAUUCAGAAUUCUUGGACUCAAAAAUACAUAUCAUUCAUCUUGAAGCUCAUGAAUAUCACACGAUGGCCUACAGUGCAUGAAAACAGUUCAUAUAUUUUAAUUGGAGCAAAAAAAAAACUGCUGGAUGCUGGAUUUCCAAAACAAAAACAGAAAAUGCAGGAAGCUUAACUGUGCUUCUUUCAACUUAGUGUAUUGCACUCAGUAUCAAAAUGUGUUCUCCUCACACUGGAGAAACCAAAUACAGAAUGGCUGACCACUCUGCAGGGCACCUCUGUGCGAUCAGCUGUGAGCUUCCAGUCGCCUGUCACUUCAAUUCUCACCUCGCCCCAACACAAGUAACAAGUAGUGUAAGCCUGAGGAACAGCACCUUACUUUUCUUUUGGGAAUGUGGUAGUCGUUGGGAGUUAAUAUUCAACUUAACUAUUUCAGGUACCUCACCCUUUUUAUUCCCUCUCUACCACCCUCCCUCAAGGAAUGACUGUAGUUUCCACUUCAAUUUAUUUUUACUUUCUUAUUUCCAAUUGCUGAUUUUUUAAAAAAGUAAUUACUAUCCUGCCAACAUUGGUGUGCACUCUAUCAUAGCCUCUCUCUCUGUUCCCUGCUAUUCUUCCUCCCUCUCCUGUUAGCCUUCAUGCAUUUCCAGUUCUGAUGAAGGAUUCUUUAUUUACCCCCUCUGAUGCUGCCUGACUCACUGAGCACUUCCAGCAUUCUCUGCUUUUGAUACACUUCUCUGUUUGUUCAUGAUUUGAGGGAUAAAGUUUACAUAAGCAGCCCAUAACAUUUGCAGUUCUGUGCUUCCUGUAGAAUGUCACCUGUAAAGCAAACAAGUGUUGAAACAUGUUGAAAUAUAGCCAACAGUACAGUUAUUUGUAGAAGUACAGGGUAUUAACCAGUGUUUUUUAAUUCAUUAAGGAACAUAGCACUUGUUCCAAAUACUUAAGUUUCAUGUUAAUUCUUGGAUUAAUGUGCUGUAUUUAGUAAACCAGAGACUUUUUAUGGUAUAAAUGUAAGACUAGAAAUAUCAAUAUAUGCAUCUUAGAUCAACAUACCAGGUGAAAUAUAUACAGUAACUGUCUGUACUUGAUUUUAAAACAGCACCAACAGUGGUCAAAUUUUCAGCUGAUCUUUUUCUAUUGCAUUAAUAUGAAUUAAUUGUCUUUUACUAAGCCUGGAUACAGUUUUCAUAAACAUUAUUCCAUAUCCAUUCCCCUUAAUCUAACGAAUGACCAGAAGUAAAGAGUGAUUGUUAUGUGAUAGCUCCUAUACUCUUAAACAGAUGAGGGAGCUGAAAUCAUUUUGAGGCUUAUCGUUGAAAUGGAUGGUGAGGAGUAGAGAAGGUGAUGCAAAAAGAAUAUCUUUGUAGCUGGGGAUGCUUUCUGAUUCCAUAGUAUUUCAAUCGUGUGCUUUUCCCUUCCUGUUAGAUUGUUCAUCAUCUCUACCUCUUAAAGAAAUGCAGUUAUAGAGCAAGGUUAGUUUAUGGUAAUUAAGAAUAAGCAGAAUCAAAGGAAAUCUCAUUAAGACGCAAGUACUUUGGUGGGUUUAACGGGAUAGAUGAAAAGCAUUUUCCAUAAGUGAGAGAGUCUAGAGGUCACAACAUACAGUUAAGGGGCCAUAAAUUUACCGUAGAAUUGUGAUGAAGAAAAAUCUGUAGGGAUGAACACAAGGGAUUCUACAGAUGCUUGAAAAUUUUGAGCAACACACACAAAAUGCUGAGGAAAUCAGCAAAUCAGGAAGCAUCUAUGGGUGGGGAUAGUUGGCAUUUCGGGCCAAUGCCCUUCAUUAGGAUGGCCUGAUGAAGGGUAUGGGUCUGAAACAUUUACUGUUUAUCCCCAUCCAUAGAUAUUGCCUGAGUUGCAGUUACUCCAGGAUUUUGUGUCUAUGAAAUGAAGCAACUUUUACUCAAAAGACUUCCAGUCUCUGUAUUCUCUAUUCCUGUGGGUAGUGAAUACUUAGUUAUUAAGUACAUUCAAGGCUCAGGUCGAUAGAUUUUUGAAGACUAAGAAAAUCAAGGGAAAUAGAAAUUGGACAGCAGAUUAGAUCAGUAAAGGAGGCUUUACUGUAACUGAUUGGAGAGAGAUUAAUGUUGGCACCAAGGGACAAAGAUCAAGACUGAUCGAUUCCCAGGAAUAUAAUUAUUUGCUUUGAAGGGAACAAAACUUCAUGUGGAGCUACUGAGAUAUAUAGCUGACGAUAACUUAAAUGCAGAAUUGUUUAGGAGGGACCUGGUUUAUUUGUGUGAUACCUGUGUUAAAGUAAGGAGGAAUAUCAAAUUAGCCCUGUGUUGUAAAUCCAUUUAAUUUAAACAAAUGCUAAUUACUUUCUUUGAAAAAAUAGAAUGGAAAUGGGCAACGCUUGACAGUCCUGCAGAAAAAGUGUCUAUUUUCUGGAAAGAAAAUCAAAAAUGCUCAAUUGUUGAUUUUGUAAAUUAUCAAUUGUUAUUUGGAGGCAGAGUGGUACAGCUUGCAGAGUUGUCAUCUCACACCCAGGUUUACUCCUGACUUCAGGUCCUGUCUGUGUGGAGUUUGCACUUUCUCCCUGUGAUUGCAUGGGUUUCUGUUGGGUGCCCCAGUUUCUUCACAUAUCCCAAAGUUGUGCGGGUUGUUAGGUUAACCAGCUACUGCAACUUGCCCCCACCCCCAAUGUAUAGGGGAGACGACAAUGUACAGAUUGUGUGUUUAAUGCAGGAUUAUUGUAAAUGUGUGGUCGAUGGUCAUGUACUUUGUGGCCUGAGCAUCAACCAUUGUUUCCUGUUGUUUCUCUAUGAUGACUUCUCACACAACAAAAGCAACUUACAUUUAUAUAGUGCUUUAAAGUAAGCAGGAUAUUAUCAGACAAAAAUUGAUAUCAGGGGACAUAAGGAAAUAUGCAAAAGAGAAAUAUGGAGGGGUUGAGGAGAGAAUACCAGCAGUUGUGGAGCACUUAAGAUCUGGAUAGCACAAUAAGCCAGACUGAAGAGUGAAGAUGUUUCAGAAUCAGUUUUAUUAUCACUAACAUAGGACACAAAAUGUAUUAUUUUGUGGCAGUAGGACAGUGCAGAGAACUAAAAUUACUAUAAACUACAAAAUAAAUAAACAGUCCAAGAAGAAAGAAAUAACAAGGUUCAUGGACCAUUCAGAAAUCUGCUGGUAGAGGGGAAGAAGCUGUUCCUAAAUCGUUCAGCUUGGGUCUUCAUGCUGUUAUAAUAGCUGAAGGACUUUACAGAAAUUGGGGAGGAUAUGGUUGGUGUAAGGUGGUGUGGAUGGAGGGUGGAGUAGAGUGCGAAGUGAAAUCAAAUAGAGGGUUGAUGUGUAAAUGGGACCUAAAGUGUACAAACACACAGAGUGGAAGUGAUUUGGACGAUUUUGGAUUUGUGCAAGGAAAAGAUCAUGGAAUAUUCAAAUCAAUAUAUAGAAAGACUCCAGGUAACAACUUAAAAAUGCUGCCUCUCUUUACUAACAGGUAAUCUUCCUGUUUUAUUGGAAAACCCAGCAAGCAAUUAAAUUUGACCUAUUGUGAUUGUUUUCUCAAAAACUUCGGCAUGUCAUCCAUUCAAAUUAUUUAAAUGCGUAAGUUUACUGAGGUAGUGCAAAGGGAAAGCAAUAACAGAAUGGAGAAUAUAAUAUUAUAGUUGUGUUACAUAGAAAGCACAGUGCAGGUAGAAAGUAAGGUGAAAGGCCAAUGAUGAGUUAUAUUCUGAAGUCAAGGAUUUACCUUUAUCAUACAAGAAGUGUGAUCAAGAGUCUUAUAACAGUUGGAUAGAAACUGUUCUUGAGCCUGGUAGUGUAUGCUUUCGAGUCUUUGUAUCUUCUGCCUGAGGGAAGGGUGGAGAAUAAAAAAUUUCUGGGGUGGGAGGGUUCAGUGAUCCAAAGAUUUCUUGGAUUUAAUUCAAGAAAUUAAUUCAGAGAGAUGAGGGUUAUGAUUGAAAUAGUAUAGAUGAAUGGUCAAGGAACUGGAAUAUAAUGGCUAGGCUCAAUUUAUAUAUGCUAUCAGUAGCCAAUUUAUUAGGUACCUACUAUACCUAAUAAAGUGGCCAAUGAACAUAUGUUCAUGGUCUUCUACUACUGUAGCCCACCUUUUUCAAAGUUUAAGGCGCUAUGCAUUCAGAGAUGUUCUUCUGCACACCACUGUUGUUAUGCAUGGUUAUUCGAGUUACUACCACCUUCCUGUCAGCUUGAACCAAUUUUGCAUUUUCCUCUGUCCUCUCUUACUAACAAUUAUGUUUUCACCCACAGGGCUAUCACUCACUGGGUGUUCUUUUUUCUCUCGCACCAUUCUCUGUAAACUCUAGAAACUGUUGUGCAUGAAAAUUUAAGGAGAUCGGCAGUUUCUGAGAUACUCAAACCACCAUGUCUGGCACCAACAAUCAUUUCACAGUCAAAGUCACUUGGGUCACAUUUCUUUCCCAUUUUGACAUUUGCUCUGAGUAACUGAACCUCUUGACAUAUCUGCAUGCUUUUAUGCAUUGAGUUUCUGCCACAUGAUUGGCUGAUUAGAUAUUUGCAUUAAUGAGCAGGUGUACCUAAUAAAGUGGAGAAUGUAUGUAGAGUACAAAGCAGGGAUAGAUCCAAAGACUAUGGACUGUGGCCACUGAGUAUAUAUUCUCAGAUUCUGUUUCAGAACAGUCAAAUCCACGAUGUCUGAUGGGUAUGAAGGGGAAGGUUGCUGUCACUGCUCACCACUCACAUUCAGGACCUACUUACAAUUCCAAAUCGCAUCCCAGUGAUGCUGUUAGACCUAAGCUGCUCAUUGAAAGAAGAGCUUCAUUUCUGCAGACUUCCUCUCCUUUGAAGGCUGGAAAUUUGGUUGGCUGCAGGAUUGGGGAAGCCAAGAGACUAGCCUCUCAUUUUAGCUGCUCAUGUUUACUACCAAAAUGGUGAAGAUUUAAAUUGCUAUUCGGAAGCUUGAGUUGCAAGGAAGGGUUGUUUAGACCUGGAACGUAGGAGGUAGUGGGGUGACCUGAUAGAGAGAUGUAGACCAUGAGAGGCACAACAGGAUGAAAGCACAAAGCCUAUCAUCCAGGGAGAGGUUAUUAAAAACAAGAGGACAUAGACUUAAGAUCAGAGGCAAGAGAUUUAAAAGAAGAAAUUAGGGACUGUUUCCUCGUGCAAAGGGUGCUACAUAUUUGAAAUGAGCUGCCAGAAACAGUGCUUGAGGCAGUCACAUCCUCAUCAUUAGCCUCCUCAGUAAGUACAUGGGUAGGUGAGCUUUGGCCAAACAUGGGCAGAUGGGACUAGUUCAUUGUGCAACACGGUCAGCAUGGAUGGGUUGGGCUGAAGAUCCUCUUCCCUUGCAGUUUGACACUAUGUCUCUAAACCUGGGGCCAAAAUCUUGUGAAUCUUCUUAUUGUUAAGUUAAAAGUUAAAGUCUGGCACGAGCCGUGUGGCCCAUCAGGCCAGUGCUUAUGCCGGUUUCCAUCUUCUUAUUGGAUAAUGCAAAAUCAAGUCCUGGAAAGGUUUACUUGAUCUUCCAAAGAGAAAAGUUUAUCUGUUCUCCUUGGCCCGUGCAGAUAUACUGAUAUAGGAAUCAUCUUGAUACUUUUCUAAUGAAUUUUUCCUUCAUUCAAUGGUACCACAGUUAUUUAAGUUGAGGACCUUUACUACAUGCACCUUUAUCAUUGUAAACCUAUUUACAUUUGUUCCUUAUCUCUGAAGAAAACAUUUCGAUGUUAAUCAAUUGCUAUAUGUUACAUUUUUAAAAUGUCUCUUUUUUCUCUGUCAAAGGUAUAAUAAAUGUGAUUAUGUAGGAAGAAUUUCUGUUUACAGUCUUCUCCCAAGGGUUUGGAUUUAUGAUGUUCUGUAUUUUCUAAGAGUGAGCCAUCAUGCAAUUGUUUGUCUCUAUAAAGAAACAUAGAAACAUAGAAAAUAUACAGCACAAUACAGGCCCUUCGGCCCACAAAGCUGUUCCGAACAUGACCCUACCUUAGAACUACCUAGGCUUACCCAUAGCCCUCUAUUUUUCUAAGCUCCAUGUAUCCAUCCAGGAGUCUCUUAAAAGAUGCUAUCGUUUCCACCUCCACUGCCGCUGCCGGAUGCCCUUUCCACGCACUCACCACUCUCUGCAUAAAAAAAUUACCCCUGACAUCUCCUCUGUACUGAGGAGAUGAGCUGUCCAAAGACAAUGUGGAUUAUAAACAAAAAGGGUGCAUCUAUACAGUAGCUUUUCUGAUUC